AUGGAGUAAAUCAACUUGACACCCCCCGUGAAUUAAAAAAAACUUUACACCGCUCUCCCCGUCUCCCGCCCUCCCUCAGCUGCACAACAUCACGGAUAACUCACCAGUCACCUCACAACAAACUCCACCUCCCUCGUUCAGCUAACAAAAAAAAGCAAGGAAUCUGUCUCCGACGACUUUCCAUCGGAAACAACAAAACCUAAAUUCGAUACCCCUCAAUUCAAAACCCUAAUUCUCCAUUCUUCAUCACACAAUUUUAGGGUUUUUCCAUCUGAAACCCUAGAUCGUAAAUUGAGAUCACUACUUCCAGAAUCUCAAACCAAGAAGCGUGAAUUUCUUUCCUAAUUGUUGAAAAACAUGAAGAGCAAAUCGAAUCGCCUUCCACCAUCUGAUCCGCCCGACGAUUGGGUAGAUGGUUCAUGGACAGUGGAUUGCAUUUGCGGCGUCAAUUUCGACGACGGAGAAGAAAUGGUGAAUUGUGACGAAUGUGGUGUAUGGGUUCACACUCGUUGUUUUCGUUUCGCCAAGGAAGAGAAAUCGUUCGCCUGCGAUAAGUGCAAGAGUAAAGCGAAUCGAAACAACAACGACAGUGAAGAGACGGAGGUUGCUCAAUUGCUCGUUGAGUUGCCCACUAAAACAAUCAAGAUGAGUAGUAGCAACAAAAGCAGUAAUCAUAUGAAUAAUAAUUUCUAUAGUUUUAGCAAUCAUAUACCACCUCCACCACCUCCUCCUCCUCGAAGGCCUGCGUAUCGUCUGUGGGCGAAUAGGCCAAUGGAGGAGAAGGUACAUGUGCAAGGUGUUCCAGGGGGUGAUGAUGAUCCUACUCUUUUUAAAGAGUUUCCGAUUAUUUUCGCUUCCGAAUUGUGGAAGUGCACUGGCUAUGUGCCUAAGAAGUUUAAUUUUAGGUAUAGGGAGUUUCCGUGCUGGGAGAAGGAGGAGGAUGUUGAAGCUGAGGCGAAGGCGAAGGCGGAGGGAGACAUGGAGAAUGUUGUUGAUAGAGGGGCUGGUGUGUUGUACUCUUUGUCUAAGGAGAAUGUGGUUAGUAUGAGGGGGAGUCAAGCCAAAGGUGCUAAUUCUGAUAGGAAGGGUUCUAAAGAGAGGAAAUGGGAGAAUGGUGAUUCUAAGAAGAUUAGUACGAUUUCGUCGAAGAAAGAAAAGGGUGUGGGUAGGUCUAUUGUGCUUCAGUGUGGUAAGAGAAGCAGGGAAGAUUUGGGGUUGUCUAAGGAUCGUAGUGGGAAGAAGAAAAUUAAAGCUGUACAGAAAGAGCAGGAUAGGAAGAAGGAUAAAGUUCAUGUUUCUAAAGCAGUUAUCGUACAUUCAAGUAGUGCUAGGCAAGGUGAAGUGUGUGAAAGCAAAGCUAACAAGGUAGCAUCAAAUGCUCACCUGGCUGAGGGUAGUAACAUAGAAAAACCCAAGAGAAAUGCGGCUACUGAUGAGGGAAAUUUGGUACUUAGGUCCCCGGAAGCUGCUGGACUUGGUUGUUUAAGUGAAAAGAGGGUCAAAGCUGAGAAGCUGGGCCAUGAUACUAGUGAUGGUGCUCAGAAGUCCGCUAAAGCUGAAGUAGCCCCAUUGCUUUUUGCGGAGAAGGACUCUAUUGCUAGGACUCCUAUAAAGAAAGAGGGAAUUGUUGUAGAUGUCAUAGAUAAAAUUGAAGGAGCACUUCCAGAACGCCAAACUAGUGAUUUAUCAAAGUCAAAGCCUCUUGCUGAAGAUGUGUAUAAUGCAGCUAUAGAACAUAAUAAUACUGAGGUUGCUAAGGAUGUAGUAACUAAUGUGCCGUUGAUUUCUGGAAAUGUUGAUAAUCCUAAGGACGUUACUAGAAGUCAUCCUUCUGAAAUUGAUGUGGGGUUGGACUUAGACAGCAUGAAAGAUUGUACUGAGGGAGAAUUAUCUCCUAAUCGAGAAUAUGUAGACUCUAAACUGAAUAAAGCUGUUGCAACUAUUUCCCAUCCCCAGGGGAAUGAGGGUCAAGAUGAUGACAAGAAUUUGGAAGCCGUGAGUGGCAGUCAGCUCGGUAAAGAUGAGGAAAUAACUGAAAAUCAACAUAAUAACACGAUUAAAUGUGAGGAUUCCGACAAUUCUGCUGAGCUGCAGAGAACUUUGUCAAACUCUAAAGAAGCUACAGAAAUUGCUGGUGAAACUGCAAAGGUGGGUGGGGAAAGUCUACGUCCACCAGCUAGCUAUCAUAAAAUAGUGUCUGUUGGAAAGUCAUCAACAAGCUCUGCAGCCAUUGUCAUCUCCCGAUCGUCUCUUUCUGAUAAAAGUAGGUCAGGAAUUUCCCAGAAUCCUAGUUCCAUUGGCAAACGAGUAAUAUCAAACUCCAGUAUGGGUACUAAGAAGGAAAGUUCACCUCUUAAUCAAGUUAAAGAUGAAGAUAAAUUUGAAAAAACCAAAAAUAUGUCAAAAGACCAUUCAAAGUCCUCUAUCAAUCCCAUGUUAAAGGCAUCGCAGCCCAGCAAGUCUGUGACUAGUCCUGUUCUCAAACAGUAUACCUCUCUUGGAAAAGAUUCUCUGAGGCAUCCAUUUUCAAAAAAGUCUUCAGUUGAGAGUCCCUUGCCUCCUGCAGGCAUCAAUGCGCCUGUUGGGUCGCUGCAGACACAACAUGGUUCAAGUGGACAAAAUAAAAAUACUGCUUCUGCUGGACAACGAGGGGAAAAAGCUCUACAGCCAAACUUACAGUCAUCAUCCAAGUCAACUCAGUCAUCUUUGGGGCACCCACCACCUUCAUCAACUGCUCCUGCUGGAUUAAGUGAUGAAGAGCUUGCUUUGCUGUUACACCAGGAGCUUAACAGUUCCCCCAGAGUUCCUCGAGUACCACGUGUACGUCAUGCCGGGAGUUUACCUCAAUUAUCUUCUGCCACUGCGACGAGCAUAUUUAUUAAGCGUAGUACUACUACUGGAGGGAAAGAGCAACACACGUUUUCAAGAAGAAAAAACAAGGAUGGGUCUCGCAGUUCUCGUGAACAAGAUAGUGAAGCAAGGAAGGCUGACAGGGCGCUUUCUUCUCCUGAUUCAGCAAAAACAUCUGAUGCUUUGACUCAAACAGAAGGCCAAAGUGAGUCAAUACAUUCUGUGAGGAAAAAUACCGAAGACAUGUCCACAUCAGCAGCAAAUAGUGGUCCAUCCUCUGCUGAGGGUAAUGAGCUAAAAUCUCCAUCGACCCGUGAUUCGCCAGUAAAUAACGCUGAAGAUGAUACAGGCACGAAUAAGGGUCUUGCUCCAAUCCAUCGCACUCUGCCAGGAUUAAUUGCGGAAAUUAUGGGUGCGGGCAGGCGAAUGACAUAUGAAGAAUUGUGUAAUGCUGUCCUGCCACACUGGCAAAACUUGAGAAAGCACAAUGGCGAGAGGUAUGCUUACUCAAGCCACUCUCAGGCUGUCCUUGAUUGUUUGAGGAACCGCUCUGAAUGGGCACGGUUGGUUGAUCGUGGUCCAAAGACCAAUGCAAGCCGUAAGAAACGCAAGAUUGAUGUUGAGCCUCCUAAUACCGAGUCAGAGGAUGGCGAAGACAAAAUUCUCAGGGAUGAGAAAAGCAAAAGCUUUGAUUCAAAUAAAGAGGAGUUUCCGAAGGGUAGAAGAAAAGCUCGGAAUCGCAGGAGAUUAGCCUUGCGAGGCAGAGGUGUCAGAGAUGACCGUAAAAGAAGGAAGGUAGAGACAGGGACUGAUGACACUGCCUCAUUUUCUAAUUCCAGUGAAGAGAAUAGCUCUAGUGAGGAUGACAGCCAAGGAAGUGGAAUGUGUGCAGCUAAGAGUGAAGCUUCUGCCAGUUCAGCUGAUACUGUUGCUGUGCCAUCAUAGUCUGAAGUAUGUGGAAAGGUCAUAUGUGUCAUUUCCCAGCAGCUGAUCCGGAAUCUCCUUUUAAGAGCUUGAAGAGCAUUGGGUUUGUAGUGUGAGCAUUGAUGCCGUUUUCUGCGAAAUGUUGUCUUCAAGUUCUGAGGAGUCUCUUUUUACUAGUGAGAAAAAAAAUAGUGUAAAUAAUAGCAUCUUUUAUCCAUUGUUUCCUGUGAGGCAUUGGCUUUUGUAAAGUCCUUAAAAGUUCAUUUUUGUUCGCUAAUAAUUUCACUGUUUCAGUGCACACGACUUGAUUAGAAGUUCAAUACAACCCGACAAUGUUUUCUUGCA